AUGUGUGGCAGCUACUACGGAAACUACUAUGGUGGCCUGGGCUGUGGCUAUGGAGGCCUGGGCUGUGGCUAUGGCUCCUGCUAUGGCUGUGGCUUCCGCAGACUGGGCUGUGGCUAUGGCUGUGGCUAUGGCUAUGGCUCCCGCUCUCUCUGUGGCUGUGGCUAUGGCUGUGGCUCAGGCUUCUGCAGCUACUAUGGAGGCCUGGGCUGUGGCUAUGGCUGUGGUUAUGGAUAUGCUUGUUACCACCCAUUCUGCUAUGGGAGAUACUGGUCUUCUGACUUUUUCUGA